UAUUCCAGCUGGGAGUAACAGCGCCUAUUGCUACUGACACAGGGCGAGCCCUGUUUUGCAUGUCUUUUGUGUUUAAGUGUAGAAUGACAGUGUUUCUCUGAGAAAAGAGAAAACCGGUCGGAGGAGGUAAACGGGUUCGGGCCUCGGCUGGAGGAGCUGGUGUGACGUAGCAGUCCACAAACACACAGACACACACGCGCACACACCACCACACACCGGCUGCUGCUGCUGCGCCUGCCAGAAUCUCAAUGUGGGGAAAUGACCGCGAGUGACCUCAAAGAAAACACUGCAUUUUAGCGACGGCUCGCAUUUCCAUUUUAUACAUAAUUAUAUAAAAAAUGCGCGUUACAUUUUAGCGUGAUAUUCUAUGGUAAAAUACGUUACAUUUCGGAAAAGGAUACGGUUUAGCUGCUCGCGCUACUGUCUCAUUAGCUUGCAAGCAGCGGGGCUAACAUAGCUAGCUAAGCUAAAGUAGCCGGGUUAGCUAGUACAUUUGUUUUUCCUGCAGAUGCUAGGCUAGGCUAGCUGCUGCCAUGGAUAAAGCCAAGUCAAUGAUAGACAAGAAAGGAGCGUCGGGACCCUUUCAUGUCAACAACGGUCAGAGCCAGAGGGGGUUUCACGCUAACGGCAGCUGUUGCAGUAGCAAUACAUUCGGCUCGAGCACCGGCGGACCCAACAGCAGCACGUUUGAGAACAUGCAUCAUCUGCACCGCGGGGACGAUGCGGAGUGCAACGGGUCCCCGGCGAAGAUAUGCAGGCUACGGAGGAGGACAGAGUCGUUGAGGCGGAGCAGACCCCCCUUCCCCUGGUUCGGUAUGGACAUUGGUGGCACCUUGGUCAAGUUGGUGUACUUUGAGCCAGUCGAUAUAACUGCAGAGGAAGAACAGGAAGAAGUGGAAAACCUCAAGUCCAUCCGCCGCUACCUCACCUCAAACGUGGCCUAUGGUAAAACGGGUGUCCGUGACGUCCACCUGGAGCUGAGGAACCUGACCAUGUGCGGCAGGACGGGGAACCUGCACUUCAUCCGCUUCCCAACGCAGGCCAUGCACCAUUUCAUCCAGAUGGGCCGUGACAAGAACUUCUCCAGUUUGCACACAACACUCUGCGCCACCGGAGGCGGGGCGUACAAGUUCGAGAAUGACUUCAGAACAAUGGCUGACCUGGAGCUGCUGAAGCUUGACGAGCUGGACUGCCUGAUCCGCGGCCUGCUCUUCGUGGACCGGGUGAGCUUCAAUGGACACCCAGAGGGCUACUACUUCCAGAACCCAUCAGACACCCAGAGCUGUGUGAAGACGACCUGCACCCUGGACAACCCUUUCCCCAUGCUGCUGGUCAACAUCGGUUCUGGGGUCUCCAUACUGGCCGUGUACUCUGAGAACAACUACAAACGGGUGACUGGGACCAGUCUGGGAGGUGGUACAUUCCUGGGCCUUUGCUGUCUGCUGACGGGCUGCGAGACAUUCGAGGAGGCGUUGGAAAUGGCCAGCAAGGGCGACUCUACCAACGUGGACAAACUGGUGAAAGAUAUCUACGGAGGAGACUACGAGCGCUUUGGCCUGCAGGGCUCUGCUGUUGCAUCCAGUUUUGGCCACAUGAUGAGCAAAGAGAAGCGAGACAGCAUCAGUAAGGAAGACCUGGCCAGAGCCACACUGGUCACCAUCACUAACAACAUAGGAUCCAUAGCACGGAUGUGUGCUGUCAAUGAGAAAAUCGAGCGUGUGGUGUUUGUUGGGAACUUCCUUCGUAUCAACACAGUGUCCACAAAACUGCUAGCCUAUGCCAUGGACUUCUGGUCUAAAGGACAACUAAGAGCCCUUUUCCUGGAACACGAGGGUUAUUUUGGAGCUGUCGGGGCGCUGAUGGAGCUGCUCAAGACAACAGAGGACCCGUAAAAGAAAUUAUCUUGUGACAUCACCAACCCUCGGCAAGACGAUGUCAUCCACCCCUGAAUGCUGUGAUGUCAUCAACUUGCGAUGCUGUGACGUCAUCAACUUUUGAUGCUGCUGAAAAGUCCCAUUCACAGAGGCCGCUAAGAGACACUAAGAGAGACACAGAAACUGAGAAAAGCCAUUUUAAUAAUUUAAAAUCUUGUAAAUAAUGAUAACCUCUAACUUUCAUCUCCUAAACUUCCUAAACAGAGUCCCCCUAUCAUAGAGGUUUUAAUAUUGUAAUCUUUAAUUUAUGGUUUCCUGUAAUCACUCUGUUGAUUCCUGUAAUCAGCCCUGUGUCAGGAAGCAUAGAGAGAGUAUUUUAGUGUUUUUUGUCACUAUGUAUAUGUGUGAAUAGCUACUGUAGCAUUAAGUCCUGGAAGCUGUGGUUCCACGGGCAACUAUUUGUGCAACAAUAUUUAAAUUUAGGAUGUCUGCACAGAAAUUAAGUUACUCUUGAAUAAGUAAUUGGGCAUUUUUACCUGCAGGGACUCAAGAUUUUGUUUUUGUGACCACAGAAACAUAAUUUGACCAGCAAUGCCUCCUGUCUUCAGCUGUCAGUGUGCAGACAGUCAAUGCUGUAAAACCAUCAAGACCACAGAUAGUGGUCCCCCAGCUCCAAACUGCAGCUGCACAGCAGUCGUGGCAGCAGCUAAGGGUUGGGAGGCAAUUUGUUGUUGCCUGUUUGUUGCACAAAAACUUGCCCACAACAAUGCUACAGUCUUUUAAGGAGUGCACUGAAGCCAAAUCCUGUUGAGAUUCGUACGACACCUGCCUCCUUCAGCCUAGAUGGAUAACCUAUAAACAGUCUUUGAUUCUUUCUGUUGCUCACUGACUGCACAUGGCCUUUGCUUUUUGUGUAUUUCUCCUCCAUCUGCCUACAUGUAAACAACAUUAACAACACCAUAUUGCCACUCAUGCAUACCUAACCUGUUGAGUUUAGUGUUAGAUGACGGGACCAAGACAUUGUCUUUCAACAGAUGGCGCUACAACUGUGCCCGCAUUGUUGAUUUCUGUUAACUAGCAACACCACAACUACAGUUCAGGACCCAGUCGGCCUCAGCGACCUGUGUUUGUGAUUUGUGAAAUACUUUGGGAUUUUUGGAUCUCUGUAGGGAAUCAUCCUUUCUUUUCUCUUACCCUUCCCGAUCUGUCAGCAUUACUUCAGGAGAGUGGAGGCCUGCCUUGUUUGGAUGUUGCAGUGUGAUUUAAUGAGGCGGCCAGGCUGAGCUAACACAGGCUGCAAUUAAAAAUGGUCCUUGUGAAUCCUUGCAUAAAAAGGGUUCAGCAGUAGAUGCAGAUGCAGAAGAAUGGUGUCAUCUUUUGGAAGACAAUGGAGACCAAGAUGCUUUUAGCCAAUAGUUGCCCCUCGUGUAAAAUACACUAAUGCAAAUUUUCCAUCAACAAAAUCAAUGUAUCUACUGUAGAUUAGACUCUGUUUUUACUGUAUAAUGGUGCAGAUAUUGUGCACAACAGUUAAUGAUUUAUUCUGAAAGUGCUGCUGGGUAGGUGCAGUUUUAUUCCCCCACUUUGUACUCAAAAACAAUGAGAAAAAUGUUAUAGUAGUUGGCCAACAUUUCCCAGCUACAACCCCAAUUGUCACUUUUUUAUUCUUCUUAGACCAUUUCAGACUGUGUGCUUCAUUUCAACCAUGAAAACCUGGGGUAUUGAACAUGCCCAGGUCCAGAUUGACUAACUUGUGUUUAAAGGGAAAUUUGCAGAACUGAUCAGAAUUAACCACACUUAUGCAAAAGAUAGAAGACAUUUAAGCGAUUUCUUUUUUUUCUUUUUUUUUUUUUUUUUUUACAAAAUACUAAUAGUUCAAAUUGUAGUGAAACCAUGGCCUGAGAUUCUAAGAUGGAAACCCUUCUUGCUUGCCUGAAUUACCUGUAAUCCUGUUAUGUUAUUAUGCGUAACAAGAGGCUUUGUCAUCAGUGAGCUUUCCAGUCAUCGUUAAUUAAUUAUAGAAUUAUUGCAUCAUAGCUGUUUUAGAGAAACAUGGUGUAGAGUUUCCUGUAAUGUUUCCUGUCCCAACUGGGACCUUUACAGCCUUUUAUCUCUGUUUAUUGUCCAAGCAGUUGAGCAGUAACGCUGAGUGGUGUGGUCUCCCCUGUCCACUGUUUUACAUAUUAAGUACCACUGUCUACAUGCCUUUACUCUCCAGCAGAAAAACUGUGCUCUUUCCCUUUUUGGUUUUUUGUACUCCACAUUAUUUGUUGUUAAAAUACCUCCAAGCAAACACUACCAACACUUUGGGGUGUGUUAGUUUUCUUUGUUUCUGAGCCUGAUGUACAAGGAGUUUUAUAUUUCACCUACAGUAAUUAUAACAAGGGUGAAAUCCUUAUCAGUUAUGUUGCAGUAAUGUUAGGCAAGUAUUCUGGACGUCUCAUUGACAAAAUUGAGUGAUUGCAGUUAUCUCCUCUUCACCUUCUAACAUACCCUUGGACUACACUUUGUCCACGACAAAUAACAUGUUUGCUGCUAUUCAGUUCUUUUUGUGUUAAUUUGUAAACAGACAAGACAAAGGGCAGUUUGAUUCUAGGCUACGUAGUACACUAACAUUUAAAAAGUUUUGCCGUUGAAGCAAUUGUGUUUGCAAAUUAUAGAUUGCACAGAAUCAAAAUAGAUGAGGGUCCUUUUUUUUGUGAUUUCCAAUUUUUGUUUUGUCCUUUUUAAUAAACUCAUCAGGUAACAGAAUACAGAAUAAUCACAUUUUUACAGAGGAGAUCCCCUGCAGUUCAUACAAACCAAAAGUCCAAAAUUAAUAUAUAUCUACCAUGGAUACUUUCAUUGUAAUAGGCGUUAUUAACUACCAAUUAGCUUCAAUAAUUCAAAUACCAACAUUUAUGCAAGAGUUACGAGUAAAACUGUGGUGAUGUACUUUUGAAGUAAUAGUGUUUUAAAAGGAGUUUGGAAUUUUGGAAACAUUGAAUCAUCAGUGUGUUAGAUCCUGCUUGUUUUCAGCUGCUAUGACGCUGCAAAUGUUCUUUUUUUUGGUUUGUUUUCAUAUUUUGCCUUGUUCCAACUCAUGUUUGGAUGAUAGUAGUAGCCUGGACCUGUCAGGUACCACUCAGCUUUAAAAUCAGGCUGGUGUUGGUUUAUUUUGUGCCACCCCUUCUUCUCAUCUGAAAACCCCAAUCAGUCGCCUUCACUGUGUGUUAGCCUUGUUACACCAAUCUGUGCCCUUCAGUUCCCUGUGUGAUUUAAUUUCAAUUUCUUACCUGCUGUACUUCACCUCCAUGUGUUUGUAACAUCGUGAAUGCAACCGUCUUUGGGUUUCACUCUUGCUUUCUGUGCUCGUUUUCUUUGCCAUUGUACUGUAACAGAAUAUUCGGUGCAAUUAACACCCAUUCACAGUUUGAAUAUCCGAUUGUGGUAUUCACAACUCACCUGUUGGCCCCGAGUGAGUCUUCUUACAAGAGCAACAUUAACUUGAACUGCAGUGGUUUUAAUAAUAAAGUUUGAUCAUUUGAAAAGCCACAGCAUCCUUUAGGUAUCACUGAUCAUUAUUAAUUGAAUGAACUUGAAUUUUAGAUGUUUUGGGCAACUAUUUGGUUUGGGAACAUUUUUCAAAAGGUAUGUCCUAUUACUAUUUGUAUCCUUUGUUUUUGUCGCAAGUAGAAAGUAAAGUGUGGUUUAAUGUGUUUUCCCCAUGUGAUUUGAAUAUACUGCUGUAAAGAAUUUCUUUUAAUGGUUUGAUUAUUAUUAUUAUUAUUUUUUUUUUUGUUGGCACAAUAGAACCAGUGUGACUGUUUCCAGAAAUGUAAAUCCCUGCUAUCAUGCUCUGUCAGGCUGAAGAAGCCUUAUCACACGUGGUGAUUUACAGCACUUGAGUUGUACCUUUUUUAAACCCAUACAGUUACUGUCCCGCAGAGCCUUUUAUCUCAGAACAGCCCAUGUAGAGCAUUUUAUUCUGUUUUAACAUUUUACGCUAUGCUGUUUUAACAUGUGGCUCAGUCCGGGUGUUCGUUUUAAGAUAGAUGACAUGGGUUGGAAAGUUGUUCAUUUUUAAAGUGUACCUGUAUGUCCACAUUGACUGUAUAAUUGCAAGUUAUAACAUCAUUUUCAUACUCAUCUAAAACGGUUUCAAGCCAGAGUUACAGACUGUCAGGGUGAUCUCAUGCGUUCAAAUACUUGUAGUAUUUUUGUACCUAACUAGUGUACUAAUUUACUGCUGCAGCUUCAGUAUUUUGGAGAACAAAAAAAAGGAAUAACACUUGCUGGAAUUGAAAUUCUUCACAUAAAGCGUGUUGUUUUCAGCAACAACACUCGUGAAACACAUUAUUUAAAGCAGUAUCACAUCUUGCACUGUAGUUGACAUUUUUGUGAGGUUUUUUCCUUUUCACACAUUUCCUGUGACUACAACACAGAUGUGGUAUGAGGCAAGAAUUUGAGUAAAUUAGCUUUUAAGCCUAGAGUUUCUUCUGUUGUCAUGAGUCAAAAAAUGUGGGUGUUUAUUUGUUUGAUGACGGUCUGAGUUGUGAGUUUGGGUUUUAAACCUCAGUAACGCCUUGUUUUUUUGGGUUCAAUUCCCACUGGGACCACCUGUACUCAGAUCGGUAUGCGUUUCUCGGCACUGCAAGGAGCUUUGGCUUAAAACGCCAUCGAACGGCAAAUGCCAUGUCAUCCAUUGUGAAAAUCUAACCAACGGGCUAUGCAGUAAAUCAUCCCUCGAUCCCUAUGUCCCUUUUAACAAACUCACCUUAUAUGUAUAUGUAUAUGUCUUGCAACCCUGUUAGUUUGCCCCUGUUAGAAAUCCUGUUUGAAUCUUGAUGGAGAGAGUUUCUCCUCUUGAAGUUUCUGUCCUGCUGAUAUAGUUGUUAACACUAUUUAAGAUGGAUGCUCACAACAGGAUGGUUUAGGCCGAAUUACACACCAAACGGAGCGUACUGGGCAUAUUUUUUUCAGUGUGAUCUGUGUGACAUAAUCAUACUUAUCUACAGCUAUUUUUGAAUGGUUCUGUCAUGGCGGACCCUCAUUCCAUCCAAACUGCUUGUUGUUGGAUCAAGGGCCCUGGUUAAUUUUUCAUCUUGACAGUGUUAGUUUAGGAUAGAUAUUAAACUGUAAACACCUUGUUGCUGUCAAACCUCACUUUGUAAUACUAGUCACGGUGACAUAACCUUCUGGCCUGCUUUAUACCCCACUUUUCCUCAGAGGCUGUUAAUCUGGUCAAACAUCCUGUUGUGUGAACACAUCCAGCCUUUACAAACUGUCUUCUGGAAUGCUUGACUAGCAGGAUGGACCUUUUCACCCUUGUGUAUUUGAUUGUACAGAGAUUUUGUAAAUAAUAUUAAUAUGAUAUAUUCUACACCAGCAAUCUGUCCGUUGAUUACGUUGUUUCAGCUGUUCAGGGCCUGGCUUCCCAAACAUGACUCGGCAAUUCAUUUACAAUCCCAAUGCAGACAGAAGAUGAACUGAGACGAACCACUUUUCUCUGCAGUUUUACCAGAGCUGUGAUGAAUAGCAUUAGCAAAUCCUUUUAGGAGUCUGUUUUAACCUGCUUGUGGUAUAUGAUUGAUGAGAUUUUCCUCAUUAGGACUAGAUACAUGUCUAGAUGUUUAUCAGUGAUUGUCUAAAAUGUUUGGCAUACAAUGUACAUGUGUUAAACCCACAAACUGGAUCUAUUUUAUUUUUUACCUUUAUUGUCACUUUAAAUAAAAUGUUCUCAAUUGUAUUCAGAUCCAUUUGACUUUGAAUAAAAGUAGCCACGCUAAAUAAGUCAUAUUUGGGAUUGAGAAGUGAAGGGGAAAUGUGGUAUGUUGAAUAAGUCUUUAACUGGCAUCAAUGCUCUUGAUGUCCACAGCCAGGAUGACGAUUUUCUGCCGACUAGAUUUCAGUGCAGGUUUCACAUCGGCUCCUCUGUGAUCUGGAUCUGGGUGUGAAACUUUUGGGAAGCCAAGUGCUGGUUCUUGGUGUCAGUUCUUCUGCUGCUUUUAACUCCGGUUUGAAAACAUAAAGGGUUAGAAAAUAAGAAAUUAAAAAAAAAAAAAAAAAAUGGCUCCCUGCCUUGUGCAAUGUGUAUGUACUGAAGUGAAGAUAUUUCUUUUUUUCUACAAAAGGAAUUAAACUAAAACUGGAUGAAAGAUA